CUUCAUUUCCACAGAACUGAAACAGCACAGCACUCUUUCAGAUGACCUGCUACACGACUUAGUUUAUUUUAAAAUUUGCACGACAAAAGAACGUGGAGGUCUGUGAUCUAAUGUGAAACACUUUUAAAUUUGUAACGGGGAAGCCAGCAGAAUCAGAUCAUGGAAGAGAUGGAGAAAUAUUGGGAUGCACUGGAAGGCAGCGAAGAACAGCUGGAAGUGAAGACCCAAACCAAAUGGACAAAUUUUCGAGUAAAGAAAAAGAGAAAGGAGCUUGAGGAUCUGCUGGAGAAGAUAAUGAAAGAGAGGGAUGAGUUAGAAAUCAUGAAGAUAAAAAUAAUGCGACAAAAGGAAGGGGUUGAACAAAAACUGGAAGAUACUGUUGCUGAGAUGAAAAUUAAAACAGAAAAUGCUGGUGCAGAAAUGAUCAACACCUGGGAGAAAAUGCUGCGAACCCAAAGGAAGAUGGGAAAGAACCAAGAAGAAAUCAAAAACUGCAUGGAAAAGCUGACAUCCAUGAAAGCUUGGAUCAACAAAUGGAUACUGUCACACUCUACAAUCAAACAGACUUUUUCAGUGAAUGCAUCUAGACCACAAGAACCAAAGAAAGAAACACACAGAGACUCCCGCAAAAAUCAAGCAUCAGGAAUUCCAAAGGAAGAGGGGGGAGCAGAAAUUAUACCAGAAACUUUAGAAGAUCAGCAUCAAAAUGAAGAAAUCAAAGAACAACAAAAUAAGGAUUUUGAGCCCAAACAUCUUUUUGCAACAGAUAAAAAAGGAGAGCAGGAUAUUUGCUUACAGAGGGAAACUGAAAUUCAUAAAAAAGCAAUAGAUGAUGAUGAGACAGAAUUACUGAUAAUUGUAAGAGACAGCAGAGAAGUGGAAAAACUGAUAUCUAACCUUAAACAGCAAGAAGAGGAAAUAAAGGGGCAAAUAAAGUAUACUGUUGAUGACAUGGAAGAAAAAGGUCAAGACAUUAAAAGGCUCAUCAUGGAAAUAAAUGACCUGCAGAAGCAGAGGCCAUACAAUUUAACUGCAAUCAGGGAAACUGAAAAUGUGGGGCAAGGAUGGACUAAACUGUUGGAGGAAACUGACCACAGACAUGUUUUGAUAGUGAAAAGCAAAGUUUUCAAAUCUGAAAAAAUGAAAUAUAAGGAGGAGAACAGCAAACAAAUAAAACAUGAGUCUGACUUGACAAGAGUGGAUGUUAGUGAGGAGUCAGGAGAAGAGAUACAGAAACAAGCUGAGCAGACCGAUAGAGAGGACACAGGAAGAGCUGAUAUACAAAGACUUAGAGCAGAGAUUUAUAGAACACAAGAGAUUAUAAGAAUGGUAAAAGGAGGACUGGAGAACCCAGAGGAAAAAAGUAACAUGGACAGAGAUCAAAAGAAUGAAGGUGGUGAAAUUGAAGGAUUGCUAAAAGAUAUCACACAGUUUCAGGCAUUUUUAGAAAUGGUGAAAAGCACAAUGAAGCAAAGUGAAGUACAUAUGACAGAAGAAAUGAGCAGUAUGAAAUCAAUGAAAACUGCAGUGAAAAAGAAGAGAAGAGAACUAGAUCAAAGGUUAGAAAAAACUUUGAAAGAGAGAGAUGAAUUAGAAAUCUUGAAAAUAAAAAUGCAAAGACAAACUGAACUGAUUCAGCAGAAUUUUGAGAAAAUGGCAAAAGUUAAGUGCACUAUAGAAAAAAUGGCUGCUAAGGCCAGAAAGAAAAGUGCAGAGACAGAAAUUAAUAUGAAGGAGACAGAAAUAAAGCUGAGACAGUUCAAAGACCUUUACUGCAUGACUGAAGCAGCAAAACAAGACAUGGAAGCUAAUUUUACACCUAAAGAAAGAGCUGGCCAAGAUUUCAAGACUGAAAUUAUGAAGACAAAGGACACAGAAAGGGACAAACUGACAGGUGACACAAUGGGCAAAGAAACUGAAGAAACAGAAAUCCUCAGAAAAGUUACAGAGAAACUGAAGGAAAUAAAACUUACAUUAGACAGUUUGGGCCACAAAAAUGGUGAAACUGAGCAAACUAAAACUUCAGUUAGUGAAGAAGUUAAACAAAUGAUGGAGAGAAAAGAGACCGAGAUGAUGAAACAGAUCCAAACAGAGAUGGGGAAUGUGAGAAUAGCAAAACAGCAAGCUGUAAAGGAAAUACAGGAGUUGAACCAUUUACGGGAGAAAACUGAAAGCCAUAAACAGGAGAUUAUUGAGAGAGUACAAAAGAGCCAAACAGAAAUGGAGCUCCUGCGGUCAAAGCUGGAAAUAAAGAGAAAUGAAUGUGAGCACUGUUUUAGAAAGACCAUGAGAAAAAAGGAGGAAAUUGAAAUAAUGUGGAAUGAAAUACAACAAGAAAAGAAAACACUGAGGAGAGAAACCAAAAAGAAAAGAAGAGAAUUAGACCAAAGACUGGAGAGGAUAAUGAGAGAGAGGGAUGAAGUAGAAGUGCUGAGGGUAAAACUAAAUCGACAAAAGGAAGAGCUGGUUGAGGAGAAGCAGACUAUCAAAAAUCAUAAUCUGUUCAUCUACCUACACAGUGAACAUGAAAAACAUUUGGAAAACAAAGAUGUGAACAUCUUCAUGGAGAAACUAAAACAACACAGCUCAAAAGUCUAUUAUCCUAUUAUUUACAUGCAAACCAUGAAAGAGAAGAUUCAUAUAGACAAGGGAACAAUAAAGAGAGAAAUAAAAAUUCUAGAAAAAGUAAAUGCUGAUUUAGAAAGACAAAGAAAAGGACUCAGGGAAUUUGAAGCCUUGAAUAUGAUUAUAAGGAACAAUAUGGAGAGAUUGAAAUGUCAGCUAAAGAUAAUCUUUGAAAAGUUAACCAUCCAAGACAGAGCAGAGAUGAAUGAUGAUAUCCAAAAACAAAAACUUGAGAUCAGACUAGAAAAUGUUAAAAGGGAAAGACAAGAGAUGGAAGUAUUGAUGUCUGAGUUGGAGAUGAAGAAAAAAGAAAACGAAAAGGUUAUCAAAAGAAGCAAUCAAAAAGAGCAGGAGAUGAAAAAAGUAUGUGCUGCCCUGAAAGAAGAAAGAAUUGCAAUCAAGAGAGAAAGACAGUGGAGAAAGAAGGAGCUCAACAAGCAAAGGAAGAGGAUCACUGGGCAAAGAGAUGAACUGAAAAUGAAGCAGAAACUGCAAAGAGGAAACGACGAAAACAAAUGUCAAAUUGAGGAGAUGAUGAAAAGAGGAAUUCCCAUGGAAAACCACUGGCAGCUGAUGAAAAUAUGUUUGGAGAAAUGUAAACAGAUAAAGAUACAGACUGAAAUUAUGAUUGGAGUAAUUCAGGAUGAAAAACAACACAUGCAAGAUGAGGCUAGACUGAGCAUGUUGAAGAGAAAAGAAAUAAUAAAUAUGAAAAUGGAGGUUAAACAACAAAAGGAAAUGAUAAAGUGCGCAUUAAAAAACAUGCAACAACUACAAAAAUAUUUGGAACAGUUAGAGAGAAAUAUCACACAAGAGCAAAACAGGAAAGACAGAAGACGAAGGCAACAAUUUCAGUUUGACAAACAACAUCCUGAUAAACUGACUGUGAACCUGACAGAUGAUGAAGAAGAUCUGGAAAGAUUGACUGAGAUGAUGAAGGGAACUCAUCAGCUGAAGAUAGACACACAAGAACUGGAAAAAGAACAGGUCAGCGAGAUGAAAACUGACAUUGACAAAGAAAGAGAACUGAUGUUGGAUGAAAAGAGAAAUAUGGAAGAAGAAAGGUCUGAGCUAAAAUGAGAGAAAAACAACUCAUGGAUAAAAUGAAGA